AUGAAAAUGAUUCAGUUUUGCAGAACAAAAACCCCCAAGUCUUUCAAGCCAUCUUUAAAAGGGAAGAAGUUUUUUAACUUUGGGAAGAUUCUCUUCAGCAACACCACCAUUUUCCUGAGAUUUGAAGGGGAUGAGAAGGCUUGUGACAACUCCCAAGGUUACAAUGUUACUUGGUACUUGAGAUAUUCUGAUUGCUACAAUGAAGUCUUCAACUUUGGGGAUGAGCAGGCAGAGUACUAUUUUGGGACUACAUCUGAGGAGCAUCCGGGUUGGUCAGGAUACUAUGCCAUGGCUUCUCUCUUCUUUCCAAAUUGCUCUGAGCUCUUCAGGCCCCAGGUUUUCUAUAAAGAAUUUGUUCAUCCAGAACCUCUCUCACCUGAGAAACAAGAGGGCUUAAAAGAUAAGAAGGAGAGUGGAGUAAAUCACACGAUGGUGGCAGAUAAAACAGCAAUGAAUGCUGUUAUUAAAACUUGGCGAGAUGGGCCAUAUAUAUUUAUUGUGCAAAUUGGAGUUUCAGCUGCGAAAGACUCUACUACUAAAGUUAAAAGAAUGGAGAAAACAACACCUUCCUCUAAUCUCAAAGAGAAGCUCUUUACAAUGACAAUAGAACUGAAGGGGCCAUAUGAGUAUCUCUCACUUGCAGACUAUCCUCUGAUGAUUUUCUUCAUGGUGAUGUGUAUUGUGUACGUAUUCUUCGGGGUUCUGUGGCUUGCAUGGUCAGCCUGUUACUGGCGGGAUCUCCUGAGGAUCCAGUUCUGGAUUGGUGCUGUUAUCUUCCUGGGGAUGCUCGAGAAAGCAGUCUUCUAUGCAGAGUUCCAGAAUAUCCGCUACACAGGGGAAUCUGUCCAAGGAGCAUUGAUACUGGCAGAACUGCUUUCGGCUGUGAAACGUUCCUUGGCUCGAACUCUGGUCAUUAUAGUGAGCCUAGGAUAUGGGAUAGUCAAGCCUCGCCUUGGAGUUACUCUUCACAAAGUAGUUAUGGCUGGAGCCCUUUAUCUGUUAUUUUCUGGCAUGGAAGGUGUUCUUAGAGUCACAGGGGCCCAGAAUGAUCUUGCCUCCUUGGCUUUUAUUCCCCUGGCUUUCCUAGACACUGCCUUGUGCUGGUGGAUAUUCAUCAGCCUGACUCAAACAAUGAAACUGCUAAAACUUCGGAGGAAUGUUGUGAAACUCUCUUUGUAUCGGCACUUCACCAACACGCUCAUCUUGGCAGUAGCAGCAUCUAUUGUAUUUAUCAUCUGGACCACCAUGAAGUUCAGGCUAGUGGAUUGUCAGUCGGACUGGCAGGAAUUGUGGGUGGAUGAUGCCAUCUGGCGUUUGUUGUUCUCAAUGAUCCUUUUUGUCAUCAUGAUUCUGUGGAGGCCAUCUGCCAACAACCAAAGGUUUGCUUUCUCACCGCUGUCUGAAGAAGAUGAUGAUGAUGAACAGAAGGAGCCAAUGUUAAAGGAAAGCUUUGAGGGAAUGAAAAUGAGAAGUACAAAGCAAGAACCAAAUGGGAAUGUGAAAGCAAACAAAGUUCAGGAGGAUGACCUGAAGUGGGUAGAAGAGAAUGUUCCUUCUUCAGUAACUGAUGUUGCUCUUCCAGCUCUCCUGGAUUCAGAUGAGGAAAGAAUGAUUACACACUUUGAAAGGUCCAAAAUGGAAUGAAGGAGCAGCAAAUGGAGUUUUUGCUAUUAGAUGUGGAGACAGCUCUCUUAAAGUUGCUUGGUGGAUCAAGUGCAUCCUGCUGAUUUGUUUCUUGAUCUCAGCCUUGGGAGUUUGAUGCUUUAUUGGAAUGAGGGCAUCUUGCUGUGGAAGAAGUUCACAAAGACAUUGAUACACCUUUUGGAAAUUUUGAAUUUUCAAAGUUGCUGCAAGUUUGGAUUUUUAAGCAAAUGUAUACUAUUCUGGCACCUUCUGUAACUUUUCAAAUAUUUAAUCUGUGAAACUAAAAUUCCUAAUGUCUGCUUGAGGAGUUUAUAUUUCAGUGUUACAAUUUACUGGUCAACUGCCUGUAUUGUUUUGGGGGGAGGGUGGGAACAGAUAGAAAUAAGCACUGGAAAAACAACCUACCCAUUUUCUGGCAGAUGUCAGUGAGAGGUUUUUAUAGAGCAGUUCCUAUUACUGAAGGAAAUAGGAUGCCAGAAAGGAAAUAUUUGGAAAAGUUACAGUGAUAUGAUGGGUUUUUAACAAAAUCAAGUGCAAUUUUAUUCGUAACACUGUGUAAGAAAGAUUUUCUAUUUUAAAUGUCACUGACCUAUAGGUAACAGUUGCAUAAAGCUUACAUUUGUUGUGGCACAUCUCAUUGCCGGCAAUGUGGUGGAUGCCUGGAAAAAUGAUUUGCCCCUACCUUCCCAUUGUUGCAUGACCUAAUAAAAAGCAAACAAAGAAACAAAAAAAAAAACCCACGCACCAACCCACUACCCACUUCUGCAAAGCUCUGCAAGUAUUUGACUAUUAUGCUAAGCAGCUAUUAACUGGACGUUUUGGCAUAACUCUCUUCUCUGCACAUGUAACAUCUCCCAUCAAAAAAUUAUUACUCUUCUAUGAGAAGAUGAUGUUGCUUUGUAGAGGGAGCAACCACUGCUUACCUUACCGGACCGAAGCUUUGAUGAGAGUACAGAGUGCUGGGCUAUUUCUGUUCCUAGUGUCUUAGUUAUCUGGCCAUCCCCUUUAGGCCACUUUAGUCUUGCCUCUAAAGUAAAUGAUUUGGUGAUGUACUUUCCUGUCCUGUGUUAGUCCCUAUGGUCAAGAGGUACUCUGUUGAUUUGAUCAUUGUGUUUCAGUCAAAGUUGCAGAUUUCUAUUCUGUACGUUCCGCGCCCCCCCCCCCGCUUUUUAAAGGGGAAAGAACUUUGAAGUAUCUUGGGUGGUUUCCUGGUUUUGUUUUAAGUUUGGCUGAGAAGGUUUCACUUGCAGUAACUUACACAGGGAAACCCAUUAUAGGCUGUAUGACAAAGGCUCUAAUUGAUACAGUUCAUAAUCUUUACAACUGAUAACUAGCAGGCAAUGGCAACACAGCUUGACUUUUAGGGAGCUGUCAGACAUGCUAGUUGUGGAUCUUGCUGGACAGGCUUGGGGAGUCAGCUUUUCUUGUUCUUCGCCGAUAGCGGAUAGCUGCGAUAGCUGCGUCUGCAGAAGUGUAUGUGUGACUGUACUUCAUUCAUUCCACUGUAAAGUCUGAUAGCUUAGCUCUAAUUCAUCAACAAUUUAUGCUGGAGCACUGCACUUUACAGUAGAAUAGUUGAAACACAAGCGUACGUACCUUCUGUUAACUGUGCUCUGAGGGACAGCAACCUCAUAGCAGAAGGGCAGAGAAAAAGCUGGGGCGUUAACACCUUAAUCUGCCUCUGCAAGAUUUGCGGAGCUCUCCUGCCAACCCCUUUUGGCCACAGGUAGAUAUUGUAGAAUCUUUAAUUAGGAAACAUUUUGAUUUUUAAUUUGGUAUGCUUAAUUGAUACAGAUGAAACAAACACCCUCCAUGCCUUUCUGGGGAGAAGAAAUUUUGUGAAAUAAAGCUACACUGAACUGAC